GCACACGCUUUGCGUCAUGGCGGGCUGAGACAGAUGAUGAAUUCCGGUGUACAUGUCAGGGUUGCUGUGUCACUCGGCCCGUUCGGCGUUUCCCUUCCCCGUCGCCCUUCCGCACCGGCUCUAGGGCUCUUCCGGUCCUCAGCCGCCCCUCACCUGCAGGCCCCUCGCCCGCCGCGCUUCGGCGCACUCCUGGCCUCUUCUGCGGACUGAUCUCGCGCGGUGCCUGGGCCCCGGGUGCCGGACCGACAAGGGCCAUGGCGAGCGGUGCCGCCAGGUACCGGCUGAGUUGCUCGCUCCCAGGCCACGAGCUGGAUGUGCGGGGCCUGGUAUGCAGCCUCUAUCCGCCGGGAGCCUUUGUGUCCGUGUCCCGAGACCGCACCACCCGUCUCUGGGUCCCAGACAGUCCUAACAGGGGCUUUACAGAAAUGCACUGUAUGAGUGGCCACUCCAAUUUUGUAUCUUGUGUAUGCAUCAUACCUUCAAGUGAUAUGUACCCUCAUGGACUAAUCGCCACUGGAGGAAAUGACCACAAUAUUUGUAUUUUCUCACUGGAAAGUCCAGCACCACUUUAUAUACUAAAAGGUCACAAAAAUACUGUUUGUAGUCUUUCAUCUGGAAAAUUUGGGACAUUACUUAGUGGCUCAUGGGAUACCACUGCUAAAGUGUGGCUAAAUGACAAGUGCAUGAUGACCUUACAGGGUCAUACAGCCGCAGUAUGGGCGGUAAAGAUCUUACCUGAACAGGGCUUAAUGUUAACUGGAUCAGCAGACAAGACUAUUAAGCUGUGGAAAGCUGGAAGAUGCGAGAGGACUUUUUCAGGGCAUGAAGACUGUGUACGAGGUUUAGCAAUUUUGAGUGAAACAGAAUUUCUUUCCUGUGCAAAUGAUGCUAGUAUUAGAAGGUGGCAAAUCACUGGCGAGUGUCUUGAAGUAUAUUAUGGACAUACCAACUAUAUUUAUAGCAUAUCUGUUUUUCCAAAUUGUAAAGAUUUUGUGACAACGGCAGAAGACAGAUCUCUGAGAAUCUGGAAACGUGGGGAAUGUGCCCAGACAAUCCGACUUCCAGCUCAGUCUAUAUGGUGCUGCUGUGUUCUAGCCAAUGGUGACAUUGUGGUUGGUGCGAGUGAUGGUAUUAUUAGAGUGUUUACGGAAUCAGAGGAUCGGACAGCAAGUGCUGAGGAAAUCAAGGCUUUUGAAAAAGAACUCUCUCAGGCAACCAUUGAUUCUAAAACCGGUGAUUUAGGGGACAUUAAUGCUGAGCAGCUUCCUGGGAGGGAACAUCUGAAUGAACCUGGUGCUAGAGAAGGACAGACUCGUCUAAUCAAAGAUGGGGAGAAAGUCGAAGCCUAUCAGUGGAGUGUUAGCGAAGGGAGGUGGAUAAAAAUUGGUGAUGUUGUUGGCUCAUCUGGUGCUAAUCAGCAAACAUCUGGAAAAGUUUUAUAUGAAGGAAAAGAGUUUGAUUAUGUUUUCUCAAUUGAUGUCAAUGAAGGUGGACCAUCGUAUAAAUUGCCAUAUAACGUCAGUGAUGAUCCUUGGUUAACUGCAUACAACUUCUUACAGAAGAAUGAUUUGAAUCCCAUGUUUUUGGAUCAAGUGGCUAAAUUUAUUAUUGAUAACACGAAAGGUCAAACCUUAGGACUUGGGAACACCAGUUUUUCAGAUCCUUUUACAGGUGGUGGUCGGUAUGUUCCAGGGUCUUCAUCAGGAUCUGCUAACACGCUGCCUGCGGCAGAUCCUUUUACAGGCAGUGGUCGUUAUGUGCCAGGGUCUGCCAGUAUGGGGACUACCAUGGCUGGAGCUGAUCCAUUUACAGGCAAUAGUGCCUACCGAUCAGCUGCAUCUAAGACGGUGAAUAUUUAUUUCCCUAAAAAAGAGGCUGUCACUUUUGACCAGGCAAACCCUACACAAAUAUUAGGUAAACUGAAGGAACUUAAUGGAGCUGCCUCUGAAGAGAAGAAGUUAACGGAGGAUGACUUGAUACUUCUUGAAAAGAUACUGUCUCUAAUAUGUAAUAAUUCUUCAGAAAAACCCACAGCCCAGCAACUUCAGAUUCUGUGGAAAGCUAUUUACUGGCCUGAAGAUAUUGUCUUUCCUGCACUUGACAUUCUUCGGUUGUCAAUUAAACAUCCCAGCGUGAACGAGAACUUCUGCAACGAAAAGGAAGGGGCUCAGUUCAGCAGUCAUCUUAUCAGUCUUCUGAACCCUAAAGGAAAGCCGGCAAACCAGCUGCUUGCUCUGAGGACUUUUUGCAAUUGUUUUGUUGGCCAGGCAGGACAAAAGCUCAUGAUGUCCCAAAGGGAAUCUCUAAUGUCACAUGCAAUAGAACUGAAAUCAGGGAGCAAUAAGAACAUUCACAUUGCUCUGGCUACAUUGACCCUGAACUAUUCUGUUUGUUUUCAUAAAGACCAUAACAUUGAAGGGAAAGCUCAGUGCUUGUCAGUAAUUAGCACAGUCUUGGAAGUUGUACAAGACCUCGAAGCCACUUUUAGACUCCUUGUGGCUCUUGGGACACUUAUCAGUGACGAUUUAAAUGCUGUACAGUUAGCCAAGUCUUUAGGUGUUGAUUCUCAAAUAAAAAAGUAUGCCUCAGUAUCAGAACCAGCUAAAGUAAGUGAAUGCUGUAGACUUAUCCUAAAUUUACUGUAACAAUGGGGACGGGAACUGAGAUUUUAAAUUGAUUAGUGGUUUUUUCCCUCAUGUUUUACAUGACUGAUUACAGAUGUUAAAAAAAAAAAAAGGAUGCUGUGGAAUAAGUAAAAUUUCAGAUCUUGUAAAGUGGGGGAGGGUAAGAGGAGACAAAGAAGAAAUAAAAUUUUUGCACUGAU